AGGGGAUUAGCUCCCCCUCCCCCCGGGAGAGCCGGACCGCAGGACUGGCCGCGCGGGGACAGACAGACAGACCUGGAGGGAGAGGCUCGCUGCAAAGGCCCUGGCAAUGGCCACUUUCACCCGCCAGGAGUUCUACCAGCAGCUGCUGCAGGGCUGUGUGAUCCCCACUGCCCGGCAGGGGCUGGAGCAGAUCUGGGUCCUGCUGCUCAUCUGCCUGGCGUGCCGGCUGCUCUGGAGGCUGCCUCUGCCCGGCUAUGCGAAGCACCUCAGCACGGUGGUGGGGGGGUUCUACGCCCUCCACCACUUCUUCCAGCUGCAGAUGGUCUGGGUGGUGCUGCUCAGCCUGCUGUGCUACCUGGUUCUCUUCCUGUGCCGGCACUCGGCCCACCGUGGGGUCUUCCUCUCCAUCACCAUCCUCAUCUACCUCCUCAUGGGGGAGAUGCACAUGGUGGAUACCGUGACCUGGCAUAAAAUGAGAGGGGCCCAGAUGAUUGUGGCGAUGAAGGCCGUGUCCCUGGGCUUCGACCUGGACCGCGGGGAGCUCCCGGCCGUCCCCUCCCCCGUGGAGUUCAUGGGCUACAUUUACUUUGUGGGCACGGCCAUCUUCGGGCCCUGGAGCCGCUUCCGCAGCUACCUCCAGGCGGUGGAGAGCCGGGCCCUG